AUGGCAUUGCUGGGAUGGACUCUAGUCUACAGGGAAACCGACCCGGAGACCAAAUUGCGAACCGUCUCUCGUCUCCCCUUUGAAUCUCGGCUACAGCCCGUGCGAGCAUCAUCUUGUGCUAUGAUAUCGUAUAUUAGGAACCAGUCCAAAAUUUGCAGGCACGCUACUUACUCCGUUUUCUACCAGAAUGAGGGAUAUCCCAGUCUAAUCCACACAUUCUGCCUUGUGUUCGGAGUUACAGUGUAUACAUCCAGUUUAACAAAGACAUUUAUUUCCAGUAUCAGUGGUCUUGCUGUUAGCCUGAAGAUGUUGAAAAAACAACACUUCACCCUAGAUACUUCUAUCCUUGAACUACUUCUCCUCGUAGUCCGCUCGACAUUCGUUGGGACCUCGUGUCUAACAGCACAGGGCGGAGUUGUUGGAAACAUCAGCUUAUCCAUCUUCUGUACCAAUCAAUAUGACGCCCUUUUCGUUACUGCAUUCUCAUCUCUAGGGCGCCGUCGGAUGAUCGACGAGGUCUUCAUUUUGACCUUCGAUAUACUCGACCAUGUCUUAUCCAGCAUGCCAUGCUCAUACCCUCUCCACUUCACGUACUCUUCUGCUGGUUCAGGCGUUCCUGACUAUUCCAUUCGCGAACUCGUCACUGGCUUCAUGUUCAGGAGCCAUACGCAUAACAACAGCGCUGCAGCGAACGUUGCGACACGUGAUUCUGCGGUCCAGAUAUAUGGCUAUUACUGGCAGGCGGUGAAAGCUCAGCGUCGCCGCGAUCGCGCAUGGACGCCCACUUCCGCGGGCAAGGUGUCUUCUUACAAAAGUCCGAGCAUGAAGAAUCAAACUGCGACCGAGUGCACCCGGAUCUAG